AUUUCACAUUCUCACAUCAUGGAAGGAACAUCUCGAACUUUUCCUUACACCAUAAAAUUCGUUGGUCUACUUGGUAGUCAUUCUCUUGGUAGAAAUCCAAAGUUCAUGGCUACGGCGGUGGAUUUAGGAAGGGAAUUGGUAAGGCGAAAAAUUAGACUUACCUAUGGAGGAGGCAACGUUGGCCUUCAAGGAGCUGUUGCUUCAACAAUCUAUACCAAUGGUGGUAUAGUUAGAGGCUUCAUACCAGGGUACAUAGCAGCACGACAGGUCUACGGACCUACGUAUGGUGCAGAAUACACAGUUUCAAGCAAAUACUAUAAGCAUUUCGAGAUGAAUCAUGUAGUGGAGGCCUUCAUCGUACUUCCUAGAGGGAUUGAUACUAUGGAAGGUUUGUUCACUUUGAUCUCAUGGGCAUCUGAAGGGUUGCACAGUAAACCCAUUGGUCUCUUGAAUAUUGAUGGUUAUUUUAAUAACCUAAUCAAAUUUCUAGAUGACGCAGUGAGGCAGAACUUCAUGGCUUCUAGUCAGAGAAAACUUUUUAUCUCUUCUUUCUUUAUUCAUGAGCUUUUAGACAAGCUAGCGUUUGCUAAAGCUUUUCCGGGUCCUGGGGCUAGUUAUGACGAAUUUGUAAAUCCUGGGGCAUUGGACUUAGACUUGCAUUUAGAUUGCAAAAAGCACAAUCUGGACAACGUUGCCAAAGCAGCCAUCUUCAAGACACUUGAUCCCAUCACCUUCUCCAAGAUCAAGCAUCUCAAGACUGCCAUGGAGAUUUGGCAAGGUCUUGGGAAGCUACGUGAGGGAUCAGAGGACCUGAGAAAGCAGAAGAUAGAAGUCCUGCUUGAGAAGUUCAAAAGCUUCAAAAUGCUUCCCGGAGAAUCCACAGCCAUGGAAGAAGGAAGAAACCUGGAGAACUACACUGUUCAAGGUCUCCUUGAUGAACUCAGAACAUAUGAGCACGAGCUGAAGAAGAAGAAGGAAGAACAAGUCACUCCUUUCCCCACGGCAUUGAUGACAACUCCAAGAAUCCCAUCAAGUGAAGGGACAUGCACAGGAAACUGUGACACACCUUCCUCCAGCCAGCCGUCAAGCUCAAAAAUGGAGAACAAGGAUGAGGAAUUUGUCAUGAUGGUCAAGCAAUUCCGGAAGUUCAAGAAGUUCUUCAAGAAGGCUGAUUUAGUCAGAAGGCCAUCCAAGGGAAAGCCACAAGUAAGUGACUCCCCUCCUGAAUCUUAUUUAUGCUAUAACUGCAGGAAGCAUGGCCACUGGAAGUCAGCAUGCUCGUACCCAAAGGUGGAGAAGUACGGAGAAAGAGAAAGGAACGAGAAGAAAAAGAAGGCAAUGGUUGCUGCUGAAAGUGACGAGUCAUCCAGCUCAAGCUCGGAUGAAGAAGCCCUCGUCUGCAUGGGGCGCAGAGUUGAGAAGUCCAACCAUGAGGAUAGGUGGACUAUGUCAGCAAAUGACACUCUCUACCUAAUGGCCAAAGAUGAUGCUGAUCAAGAGGUAACCUCACAAACCUCCUGCUCAUCUUAUAGCAUACCAACUUCUGAAAAUCUUUUUGACCAGUUCAAAAAGAUGAUGAAAGAUUUUGAGGAGAUAAAUCUCAAACACUCAUCCUUAACAGAAGAGAACAAACUAUUGAGUGAAAUACUCAAACUUGUUGUGUCAAUUAUAUACUUGAAACAUUCCACUUGAUCCAGCGAUUGAAUUCCAUUGUUGUAUCAAAAUACUAAACCAUUGAGAACUUGUCUUAACUCAACAAGAUGCCCUAAACACGGGAACUUUAGUUGUUGAUGCUGAAAGAUCACUGAAUGCCUUACUCAAUCAAAGAUUAAUAACCUA